UUUGGCUUUCCAACUUCAUGCCUUGAGACCAGUGACUGACUGACUCCUCCACACAAGAAUAGAGCGGCAGGAUGAACACCAAUCAUCCGCUUCUGGCCUCUCUCGCAGAUGAACCACCUCCAUUCCCAGAUUCGCACCCUCAGCUUCAGCGAUUGGACCGUUCUGUCCUGUGCACGAUAUGUAAAGAAAUAUUUCGAGCGCCUGUCACGGUGACUUGUGGUCACACAUUCUGCUCAGAGUGUAUCCGAUCUUCGCUCUCUGUGAUGACGGAUAAAAAAUGCCCACUGUGUCAUGCGACUAUCACCGAAGGGUCAAUACGGCGGAAUCGCGCCAUGGAAGAAGUGACAGAAGCAUGGGAAACGGCGAGGGAUUCUCUCAUUACUCUAUCGCAACCUGUCGCUGGACCGUCUCGUCGCCGUCCACCACCUGAACCUAAUUCCAAGUCAUCUUCUUCAACUUCCGCCAACCUAAAGCGACCGAGAAGAAGUGACGAGAGCAGGAGUCAGAGUCCAAACAAGAUAUCCAAGAAAUCAACAGAUCACGUUGACCAUGUUGUUUCUUCUGAUUCAGAAGAGGAAGAACAAGUUCAGGAAAUUUCGGAAAACGACGAAGGUGAAUGCCCGCUAUGCUCAGCCAGGAUGGCGAUCGCAUCUAUACCCAUGCAUAUCGAGAGAGGGUGCCCACCGGUAUCAAAGAAGAAGUCGGCACCGGGAAACCAAAAGGCAGACUGGCGAAAAGUCUUUUCCAUGGCCGGAUCCACCAAAGAGAAAAACGUUUCCAUGAAGCGCAUCACCAGUCCCAAUUAUCAUCUGGCGACUCCGACUGAUCUCAGAAACAUUCUGAAUGAAUAUAGUCUCCCAACUGUAGGCGACAAGCCCGCACUCGAGGCCCGAGUCCGUCAGUGGAUCAUCCUUUUCAACUCCAACCUCGACACUGAGCAUCCCAAAUCCCUCUCUGCUCUGCGUGCCAAGCUGAACGCCGAAGAAAUAUCCAAGAAACGAGAUAAAGAGCGAGGCCGUGACGAAGCGGUCGAGAAUCUAAAGACCACUGAAGGCUUCGCAGAACACGUCCGCAAUUCGGGCGCAGAGUUUGAGAGACUGCGUAAAGAAAUAAUGGAGAGAGAUGCCAAAAGAGCAAAGGCCGCUAAGGGUCUCGAGGCGAGCAGCGCUAUCGAAGUAGAUUAAAGAUAUCCGGAGUCAUUCACGUUCAUUGUUCAUUAGUUCAUCUGUACAAAUUCACGGUCACGACCCCCGACG